AUGGUCAAAAAGAAAAGGAACAGAGCUGGUCGCACGAAGGUUCCUGAAGAGUUGGAAGAGCCAAACGGGAAAUCGAUCGGAAGGUUGGGAGUAUUUAGUGACCAGCCGCCAACGAUCAGGCUUUCCGAAAGCAGCUUUGUCGGAUUUGUAGACGAUUCGCUCCACUCGAUCCCAUCGAGCCCAUCGGUUUACUAUGACGCGGCAGAUCGGUCGAAAACGCCAUUCGAAUCGGAUAAAGCAAAGUUUCCUGCAAUGGUAUAUCCAUGGGCAUUCCGGCUUUCGCAAUUGACCACCAUAGAUGCACAGCUGAAUAGAAACACCAACCCUUGGUCUGUAAAUAUGAAAAAAAUGUAA